GCUGGCAGCGAGAUUGAUUUCGCUUUCGUGAACCUCGACGCCUUCCACCUUUUCACCGAGGGGAUUUUCACGCGCCCGUCCGGCUCCCUCCCCGGGCCUGCUUCAGAGGCCCCUCCUGCGGUCCAUUGGGAAGGUCCUCAACGUGACGAGGCUGGCGAGCAGUCAUUCUCGGGCGAGAUCUUCAUGAGCGGAUCCUGCGGGCGCCGCGCCAUUGGAGUUGAGCAGGGCAGG